CAGCAUGAUGAGGACACCAGGAAAUAAAAUCUCACAUUACGAGAUUCGCUUAUGCAAACAGUCUGUUCUUUGCCCGCGCGGUCAGACAUCGGUCUGUCCCCACCCCUAGAGCAAAAAAGAUGGAUAAUACUGUGGAUGUGGACGAGCAACCAUCCGCUGCUGAAUGUAACAUCAUCAGAGUUACUGUGAAAACACCAAAGGAAAAAGAGGAAAUCGCCAUUCCAGAGAACAGCUCUAUCAAACAGUUUAAGGAGCAGAUAGCCGAGCGGUUCCAGGCACAAACAGAGCAGCUGGUGCUCAUCUUUGCUGGGAAGAUCCUCAAAGAUGCAGAUCUGCUGAGUCACCAAGGCAUCCACAACGGACUGACCGUCCACCUGGUCAUCAAGACCCAGAGCAGGCCUCCGGAGUUGUCUGCCUCUCCUUCCAGCAGCACUGCCUCAGAACAGGCCCAACCGGAAGGCCCUACCUCUGUCCCUGGACCCCCUCCUGUAGGCCCUACCUCUGUCCCUGGACCCUCUCCUGCUUCUUCAGCCACUUCUACCCUCAGCCUGGGAGGUCUGGGGACAGCUGCUGAGGGGUCUGGUCUCUCUGAGCUGCAGAGGCAGCUAAUGUCCAACCCUGAGCUGCUGGCCCAGAUUAUGGACAGCCCCUUGGUCCAGGGCAUGCUGUCCAACCCAGACACGAUGAGACAGCUCAUCAUGGCCAACCCCCAGAUGCAGCAGCUGCUGCAGCGCAACCCCAACAUCUCCCACCUGCUCAACAACCCUGACGUUAUGAGACAGACCCUGGAGAUAGCACGGAACCCGACCAUGAUGCAGGAAAUGUUGCGCAACCAGGACAGGGCACUUAGCAACCUUGAGAGCAUCCCUGGUGGCAACAAUGUCCUCCGCAGGAUGUACACUGAUGUUCAGGGACCCAUGCUCAAUGCUGCUGAUCAGGAACAGAUUGCAGGAAACCCUUUUGCUUCUCUGAUGACCUCGUCGUCAGGGGAAACCCAGUCACCCCGGGUAGAGAACAGAGACCCCCUCCCCAACCCCUGGGUUCCUCCUGCUUCCACAGACACCCUUGUAGGCACCGCCACACCCACCACUUCCCCCACCCAAUCCAGCAAUGGCCCUCAGACCACCCUGCACAACCUGGGAGGUAGAACAUCUAACAGUGCGGGUAUGUUCAAUAGUCCGGGCAUGCAGAGUCUUCUGCAGCAGAUCACUGAGAACGCCACGCUGAUGCACAACAUGCUGUCAGCCCCCUACAUAAGGAGCCUACUCAACAGCCUGAGCCAGAACCCUGACCUUGCAGCACAGAUGAUGCUGAACAACCCACUGUUUUCUGGGAACCCCCAACUGCAGCAGCAAAUGAGACAACAACUCCCAGUGUUCCUCCAACAGAUGCAGAACCCUGAGAUGCUGUCAGCCAUGUUCAACCCCAGGGCCAUGCAGGCGCUGCUGCAGAUCCAACAGGGACUGCAGACCCUUGCCACUGAGGCACCUGGAUUCAUACCUGGGGUUGGACUGGGAGGCGCUGUCUCAGGUCUUAACCCUGCCCCUGGGUUGUCAUCAGACCCCGCCCCUAGUGACCUCAGCAGUGAGUCCCAGGUAGUCACGGAAACGGGUCAGCGGCAACAACAACAAUUUGUGCAUCAGAUGCUAGACGCUCUCGCUAGCACCAAUCAGCAGGCUCAGACUGAAGAGCUGCCGUUCCAGCAGCAGUUGGAGCAGCUGAGUACCAUGGGCUUCCUCAACCCAGAGGCCAACCUGCAGGCCCUCAUCGCUACCGGGGGAGACGUCAACGCUGCCGUAGAACGACUGCUGGGCUCGCAACCCUCGUAACACACACACUUCACAUGUGCACAUACAAUUAACAAAUUCACAUGUGCACACACACAGAGACUCACUUACUCGUACAAUCAUACAUUUGUACAAUCGGAUGCUUGCACAUUGUUCACUCACAGAGACCUACUGAAACAUGAACAUGCAUUCCUGAAUGUCAUUUAUUUUGUGUAUGUAAGCUGCUGAACUGUGAAGUGUUCUGAAUGGCCUUAGUUGGUUCAGGCUCUAGUCUGGAUCAUGCUGGCUUCUGCCACAUUCCUUUAUGCAGUAAAAUACCUACCCUAAGAGUCCUACCCUAAGAGUCCUACCCUAAGAGUCCUACCCUAAGAGUCCUAUCCAAGGCUCUAAGAGUGAAUAUGCUGCUAAUCUCACAUCAAUAUGUAUUUCCCUGCUGCUACCAAGGCCUUAAACUCAAUUCAGGAUGUUAAAAUAACCCCCAAGGGUUCCCUACUGGGGACCCUUGAGAGCAUGUGUAUAGCAGUCUUAAUUCUGUGUAUAUGUAAUGCACUAAAUGCUGUGUGUCCUUUUUGCCACUUCAUUAUGGUAUAGACUAGGGGCGGCCAGAGGGAGGUGCUCAUUUUGGAAGUGGGCUGCUCACUUGACUGUUACAUGGAGCCGGCCUUUUGCUGACAAGCUUGUUAAAUAUCAGUCCCUCAUAUCACGCUUGCCCAGCCUUGGAUAUGAGUGCAAGCUAGUAGCACUGAUAUUAAAUAUUUCCAACCAAUCAAGAAUAAGUGCGCCAGUGGCUUUAUAUUUAUUCCCAUUGAUAAUACAAUGACUCACUAUUAAGCUCUAUGUAGCUCUAUGUGCUUUAUUAACUCUUAACUAAAUGUACUUUUGACUUGCGUGUUAUUUUAUGGUUGUUAUGGUUUAUGUUGUUUUAUUGUCUAAUGUUCAAACCCUUAUGCCAAAACCUCAUAGUAUGUUCUUUAUGUUCCUAGGGUUAGGCCUAUAUAUGGAGGAUGAAGUGUUUUCUUUCUAAACCCCAUCUACUAAACCCCAUCACAUGUUUCAUGUCUUUCCAUAUCAAGUUGAAUUGAGAUGUAUGUAUUAAUUGCACUGCACCACUGACUGGCUAGAGUGCGCCUGGCCUGUGACAAAUACAAUGUGCUCUGUCGACCACUGGAGGGCACUGUUGACUCAACUCUCUUCUGCCUCUUGAGAGAGAAUAUAAAAUUCAGGAGCCAUUGAAAUACUGUACAUGCAAAAACAGGCGCAGGGAUGGAAUCUUAAUAAUAUACCUCAAUGGAUAGAAUAUAAUUAUUAGAGUGCUUAUCAAGCAAUUGUUGAAGUCACCUUCCUAGCACAUUGAUACCAACUGCCUUGGGAAAACACAUAUUUUGGGUUUUAGGAUUUAAUUUGCAUUCAUUCUCCUGUGUGCAGGUUAAUAAAGUGAAAUGGAAAAACAAGA